GGCGGUAACAUGUGAGUAAGAAGCGGGGGACAUGUAAUACGUAUGUACGAAGUCUUGGCUCCCCCAGCCCCCUAGCUUGAGGAAAUAUAAGCGAUGGCUAUCCUAAAGAUUUAUUUGCUGUACACUCACCUUAGCUUCCUCGGAGCAGCCACUAUGAACAGGCGCCGGAAAAGUCAAGAAAGCUUAACAAAUCCUCGCCAUGCUCUGGAUACGAAAAGUCUGUUGGAGACAACCUCUUGUUCUAGUCUUCCAACUUCCGAGACGGUCUCACACGCCGCAAUCGAACUCAAUGACAACGUCUGUUUCAACUCUUCACAAAUGCUUCUCCAGAGGAACGAGGGAAGGGCUUCUACCGAAACAUUUACCAACCCUGAAAGUGAUUUUAAUGCUUCAGGGGGAUCUGUUCGUUCUGGUAGCAUUGAGUCAAUCAUUGAGUUGUACGCGUCGCUAAACAACGACCGCGAAGCUACGAAGCCAAAAUCCAGCUGGUGGAAGGAGCAGAUGUUCGUAGAUCGGACACUUAGAACUAUGGCCAUACUGGUGGCUGCUUUUGCAGUCAUCGUUAUAAUCAUUUGUUCAUCGCUUACUGCUAAACUCGAGGAUUCGGCGGCGUCUGCAACUACGUCUGUUCCGAUAGCGUUUGGAUCGAAAAAGGCAAUGGAGAGUUUGUGCGAGGUACGGAAACUGUUCCAUAGUGGAGCUUCACGGCUCCGAGCGUUAACGACAUUCGACACGUACUUGUCAAACACGGGGACUCUCGAGUUGCUACCAAUUCUCCUUUCGCCAUAAGACACAAAAGUGGUGGUCGGACUGCUGCUCUUCUUGCCUGGUUGCUUUUGAUAUGCACUUCGCUGCCAGUUCACCUUCUCGCAAAUUCAGUUGUCGGCUUGUCAAAGUACUAUUAUAAUGAUUUCGAUUUGAGACCGUCUUAUCAACCUGUUCGGAUGAAUUACUCUUCGGACUAUUCACAUCCUAAAGAAGAAGACUAUGAUUUUAACAUAGCACGCUGCUGGUGGGCAUUUCGGCUCGGAGAUCACCAUAUCGUGGCCACGGAAGAUUGGGACCAUCGGAAACCUAAAGAGUGGACUGUAGCUCAACAACUGGAUCCACUUUUUGACGGCAAAGGUUUUGCAGAUUGCGAAUCUACGAAGGUAAUCUAUAAGGAUGCAAAAAAUCCAUGGGAUGACAAGGG